UGUGCAGGUCUGAGUCCCACUCCUGGUGCGGGUGUCCACGCCUCUCUAGAGACCAGUGGUCUCCGACUCGCGCUUUGCGGCUGCGGGAAAUGAACAUUCCUUGUGAGGACUCUAGCGGAGUGAACCUAUGAUAUGUAUUUUAGAAAUAGUUGUCAAACUUUGGUUUGAAUGAAGAAUGUCUCUCAAUCCACUUAUAUGUCUCAAAGAAAAUGAAGAAAAUAACUCAAAAUUUGUGGAAACAAUACAGUCUCAAACUGCUUCCAUAGCCUCAGAAGAUCCCCUUCAAAACUUAUGCUUAGCAUCUCAAGAAGUUCUUCAAAAAGCUCAACAAAGUGGAAGAUCCAAGUGUCUUAAAUGUGGUGGUUCCAGAAUGUUCUACUGCUACACAUGUUAUGUCCCAGUGGAAAAUGUACCCAUUGAACAGAUUCCACUUGUGAAGCUUCCAUUGAAGAUUGACAUCAUUAAACAUCCAAAUGAAACAGAUGGCAAAAGUACUGCUAUACAUGCCAAACUCUUAGCACCUGAAUUUGUAAACAUUUACACGUAUCCUUGUAUUCCAGAAUAUGAAGAAAAGGAUCAUGAAGUGGCUCUUGUUUUUCCUGGACCUCAGUCUAUCUCAAUAAAAGAUAUUUCUUUUCAUCUGCAAAAAAGGAUUCAAAAUAAUGUUAGAGGCAAAAAUGAUUACCCUGACAAGCCAUCUUUUAAACGCAAGAAAACCGAAGAGCAAGAGGACUGUGAUUUGCAUGACAGCAAGUGCAAAGGCACAACACUGAAAAAAAUUAUAUUUAUAGAUAGCACCUGGAACCAAACAAACAAAAUAUUCACUGACGAGCGACUUCAAGGAUUGUUACAAGUUGAAUUGAAAACAAGAAAAACUUGCUUUUGGCGACAUCAAAAAGGAAAACCGGAUACUUUCCUUUCCACAAUUGAAGCCAUUUACUACUUUCUAGUAGACUACCAUACUGAUAUACUAAAAGAGAAAUACAAAGGACAAUAUGACAAUCUUUUAUUUUUCUAUUCUUUUAUGUACCAGUUGAUAAAGAAUGCCAAAUGCUCUGGAGACAAAGAAACAAGAAAACUUAUUCAGUAGUUGUUAACAAGCCACAUCUUUUUUAAUUUUGCUAGAAUUAAUAAACUUACAGUUGUACUUUGUUUUUUCUUAGGAAAUAAUCAUUUAUAAUGUCUAUAAGACCACUUG